GCCUAACUCAACAACAACUCUCGAAAUACGAAAAAGUUUGCAAACACAACAACUGUUACAAUUCGUUGUAUCAACAAAAUAUAAAAUAUACUGCUGUGUUUUCUUCUGAACGGAAGUGAUAACGUCGACCUUAUGAAAAAUAAGCUGGGAAUCAACUUUUUGACGAGUGAGAAGUUCGUCGGCGAUCUGCCGGUGAACGUAGCUGGACAACAGCGGACGCCGAAAACCAAUUCGCGCCGCGAAUCCGUGACUCCGAAGAUAGUGGUCUGUCCACCAAUCGAGGAGAUGACGGAACCUAUCUCUGCACCCCGUGGCGGCAGGCUGCUGAAGGCUCUCAGCAGUCGCCUCUCUCGCAGAGCCAACGACUCGGACUCCGUCGGUAGCUCGAGCAGCAACGACAGUGUAUCUGGUGAAAAUGGACGUACUGAUGACCGAUCUUCGUGCUCCGUCAGUGAAUCCGGAAGUGAUGGCUCUGACCGCCAGCGCCGACACCGCUCGACCGUUUCUCUUCGCCGAGUGUUCCAAAGCCUAAACCUUACAUCGCGCUCUCAAUCGUGCUCGCCUACGGAACGGUCUCGCCCGCCCAAGAAGCAGACACAACCGAAGAGGAUCCUGCGGCCCCCAGUGACAUACACAUACGUGCGCGGCUUGUCCGGCCUGCCGACACAGAGAGUGCCGCGGCACACUGUGUGCUGCGCAUCCAUGGGCCUCAACCGAUAAAGGAAGCAAACACUCGGGUCGGACACGGGCGGAGAUUAAGACUGGUUAAGAUUUAUGAGUAGAAUAAAGCGCUAGUGAGGCAAGUUCUUAUCAUAUCAGUAGAUAAAUGCUGAAACCUGGGCGAGUAGCCGACGUAACGAUGUCUUCAUAGAGGACCAAGCGAGGGCGGCGCCGGGGGAGAAGCCUUGCCUCCGGCGCCGGUCGCCUCUGCAGCGCUCGCUGCGCGUGGAGCUGUGACUCGUUUAGUACUAGUUAAGGGACAAUACAUAAGACUGUGUACUGAAUUGCAGCUAGCUGUCGGUCUGUUAAACAUUACUAGUUGACACUUUUUCUAAUAUGUACACACUGGAUAUUGUCAUUAUUUGUAAACUGUACUGCACUCUAGAACACCAAUCUAAAUUACUUUAGACUAAACUCGAUCGACUCACGAUAUAUUCUGUACUUGUUUGAAUCGCCACAUAUAUGCAUGCGUUUGACAUCGUUUAAAUAAUAGUGUAGUCUCAGUAAGUAAUGUUUGUACUGGUCUAAUGAACGAGUUGUAAUGUAUGAACUUUUGAUUUUGGUUAAUCAAGCAUAGUGCCUUUCCACCUUUGGAAAUUAAGUAGAUAUAGAUAUACGGUAUACUAUUACUUUAAGAGCUGCGGUUAAUACUAUCAACGUGUGGUGUGCCGUAUGGAAUUUGAGUACGUUACUGCGUAAUACCCCACAUUUCAUAGCGUAAAUGUACAUUUACUUAAUCAUCACUUGAAAAUGUUUCGAAUUUGUACCUAUACAUAUAGAUAUACUAUUUGUCUACUAUUUGAUCAGUAAACUCAGUUGAUAUUGCCGUAUACUAAGUAGCUAGUUUAAAUAUUAAAUCAAUUAGAUAUAAGUAAUUUUUAUUGUCGACUAACAUGAGUUUUCGUAU